AUGGAUGCAUAGAUACCAGAAUCUGACCAGAUAAAACAUUUUAAGGAGUUCCUGGAAACCUACAAUAAAUAAUUAACAGAAACCUGCUUUUUGAGCUGUGUUAAAGACUUCACAACAGAAGAGUUGAAACCUGAAGAGGUUUCCUGUUGAGAACACACUACAGAAAUAUUUAAAAUGACACAGAGAAUGUCCAUGAGAUUUCUGGACCAUCAUGAGCAGAAUGAAGCCAAAGCAGGACUCUUGGGCCAGCCCCGGUAGAGGAGUCCUGAGGCCCAGACUUGCUGAAAGGAUUGCCAGCAGCUGUUGCACUGGAAAUGAGGGAUCUUCUAGGAAGAUCUCUUGAAGCACAGCAGGAGUGGUGGUAAGCCAUUUGUCGUGACUACCUGAUCAAUGGAAACUACUGGAGAAGCAAAAACCACUCUUUACCAGAAAGAAAACAGAAGGCCUUACUGUUGAGUGAAAAUGGUAUGCAGCAUUGUUGAGGCCUUAAGAUUCAGCAGUGUGGUCACCUUGAUUACAAAAAUAAACCACUGUUCCUUUCUUUGUGACUGCUAAUCUUAAAGGCAAAAGAUAUGUCCAACCAUGUAUGGAAAGAAAAAAAUUAUUACUAAAAGUAAAAUAAAUGAAAAUAUCACUGAAAAGCAAAGAAAAGAAAAGAAAGCAGCUUAGGAGGAGAUGGCCUUAGAGUUUUGUCUGUUUAGCGGUGCUGGGGAUUGAUCCAGAGCCUAGCAUGUGAAAGUUAAGUGCUGUACCUUGUUAUAGCCCAACUCAGACUUCUUUUUUGUUUGCUUGGUUUUGUUUUUUCCAAGACAGGGUUUUUCUAUGUGACCCUGGCUGUCCUCGAACUCAGAGAUCCACCUGCCUCUGCCUCCCAAGUUCUGGGAUUAAAGGCGUGCUGCCAACACCUGGCUCAGCCUCAGACUUGUAAUUUUAUUCCUUUUCUUCAUACCAUUGUAUUCCUUUCACCCCGUUAGCAUGUUCACACUAUUCGCCAUCCUCUCAUGUGUCCUUCCCCUUCUAGAAACUCUAAGGAGCAAACACUGCUGUGCUCUGGAGAAGGUUAUUUCUCUGGAAGUUUUUGUUUGUUUGUUUUGUUUUGUUUGUUGUUGUUUGUUUGUUUUUGGUUUUUUGA